AUGUCAGAAACCCUUCACCAAGCUGGAAACGGAAACACAACAGACAUCGAAGUUCCAUGGCCUGACUUGCCACCGAUCUCGGAUGCUGCUUUACAACGACUUUCCUUGACUCAUAAAUCAAUAGGUUCGAUUGCAUCGAAGGAAGGGUAUGAGAUGUUGGCUCACGUUGGUGAUGCCAUCCUUCUUGCUGUGAAUGUCGAAGAAUUCUUCAUCACUUGUUUACUUAGGGACCUUUUCCCCAAAGCGAAUAAAGGUGACAUAACUGAACUUCGAUCUAGACUUGUCGAUCGUGAGAUGAAUUGUCAAAUUGCAGAACAUUAUGAACUUCCAAGUAACGUCAAAGCCGGUAAAGGUGUGUCAGAGACAUUGCAAGAUUCCAUUAGGCAAAAAGGAGAAUUAUGGGAAGCAUAUCUAGGAGCUUUAUUCUACUCUUAUGUCAAAAAGUUCGACAGACAAGAAACCGAGACGACCAUGAAUAUCGCAUCUCUGUCUAUUGGCGGUCACAGUAGUGUUACAUCCCCGACCGAUAAUCAUCAUUAUUCACACAUACAAUUCCAUGGUCGAGCGUUUGAUAGCCUCGUUCCCUUCCUGGAAGCUCCUUAUAUCCCUUUUGCCAGGAAUGUGGUAGAUCCUGGUAUGAAGCAUCAGAAGGAUCUGCUGGAUAUCGCUUCACGAUCAAAAUCAAAGGCGGAAUUACAAGAAAUGAAGCAGAAGGAACAAAUUAGGGAAUUGGUAGAUAACAAAGGGAAGGAAAAUGGUAAACCCACGCUGGUCAAGGAUGAGGACGGUAAUGGUGGAAAAGAUAAAUUCAAAGCGACAUGUGAAGUCACUAUGAACGAUGGCAUCAUCUUAUUCGGCGAAGGAUUUGGGAGAAACUACAAAGAUGCGGAAACUAUCGCCGCUUACAUGGUACAUGUGGAAUACAAGAAACGAACUCAUUCUGUGAGUUUGUCGAAGAAGAUGACUCAUAAGAGAAGAUGA